AUGGACGAAAGUGUUGAGUAUCGUCGCAAGAAUGAUAUAUAUCCAAACUACACCGAGCCCACGGCUGCGUACGUGAUAGGCCAAAUCUUCACGAGCAGGCCAUCAGGACUCUGGCAUUUGAUUGAUGGGGAUACUGGGUGUCAUCGUCGUAUUUGGCCCUUCUACACCAAUGUGGAGGGUUGGGAUAGGGGAAAGGAGCUGCAGUUUCGAAUAAUUCUAUGCUGCUAUGUACAAGAUGUUUCUAUGCCGCUCUCGCAUCGUGAUGCUGUCACGAAUUGUACUUCGCACGCGGGCCGCAAGAUCCGCAAUCUCAGCAAUUCUCUGUCAUCUCUAGAAAUUUUGAUACAUAGUGCUCACGCGGAAGUGGUAGUUCUCUUAGUACGUCGCAUCGCGGCUGAAGGUACUCCCGUUGUGUGCACAAUCCAUCCGCCGUCCGGUGUGAUUCUUGAUAUGUUCGACCAUGUUUUGCUCCUCGCUCCAGGAGGAGGGACCGUAUACUUUGGCGAUACGGGUGAAAAGUCCUCAGAAGUUGUCGAGUAUUUCGGUUGUUACGGUGCCAUUAUUGGAAGCAGCAUAAACCCCGCCGAAUUCAUCCUCUCUACUGUCACGUCCACGAACGAAAGCUCGCUGGACUGGCCGACUAUAUGGCGAGUCUCCCCUGAAUACCAAGCUCUGGGAGCAACCAAUCCGCAGCUAAAGUCCACUAUCACCAGCAGGGAGAUCAAUCUUAUUCCUUCGCAGCCUUCGGAAUCCUUCUCGCAGACCAGAUACGCUCUAUCCCUCUGGGUUCAGACCAUCACAGCAACCAAGCGCAACUGGGUCUCUGUCUGGCGGGACGGGAUGUACACCAGUAAAAUGGCCAAGUCCCUCUUUGUCUCCAUUUUCAUAGCCUUCAGUUUCUUCCACGCCGGGUCCACCCUCCAAGGUCUACAAAACCAGAUGAUCGCCCUGCUCCUUCUUUCCUGGAUUAUAUCUACGUCCUGCGCCGAUCUCCAGGACAUCUGGUUCCGCAAGUGGGCCACUUUUACGGCCCGAGACGAAUGCGACGGCACAUUGCUCGUGCUUUCUUAUUCGGUGGGCGAUGAGUAUCUAGACACGCUGGAUUAUUUGUAUGGGCAGCGCUGGAGUGUUUGUGGGCUUUUGCUGUACGAACUUUGUGUUGGUUUAUGCGGUGGUUACGUGCGUGAGGGUUCAGUUAAGAGGUGGGUUGAGAUUGGAUAUGUUUGA